AUCUCGUUUCACUUGCAAGCGCGACGUCAACGUGACCGUAUCUUCCUACGCGUGCCCGAGGAAGCGACUACCAGCCAUUCGCGGAGGGCUUUGGAAAAUAAUAAUAAUAAUAAUAAGAAACAGAACCUCAUUUCUUUGAAAAUCAGAGGAAGUAAUUGGAUAGAAUGCCUGAAGGAGAAGUAAACCCCAAGGCCUUUCCUCUGGCUGAGGCAACACUCACCCAGAAGCUCCUCAACUUGGUGCAACAAGCAGCCAACUAUAAGCAACUGAAGAAGGGAGCUAAUGAAGCCACAAAGGCCCUAAACCGAGGUGUGGCUGAAAUGAUCAUCAUGGCGGCAGACACAGAGCCCCUAGAGAUCCUGCUGCACCUCCCUCUGCUGUGCGAGGACAAAAAUGUCCCCUACGUCUUUGUACGCUCAAAGACUGCCUUGGGCCGUGCCUGUGGUGUGUCGAGGGCUGUCAUGGCCUGUGCUAUCAUGGCCAAUGAAGGAUCUCAGCUGAAGCAGCAAAUCACAAUGAUGCACCAGGAAGUUGAGAAGCUCUUGGUGUAGAAAUCCUAUUAAUGUACAAAAAAAUGUAAUUCCAUGAACUGUAUCUGGUGUUAUCUAAAUCCAUAAUACACAUAUAUAUUAUAUAUAUAGUAGAUUAUCAUAACUUAAUUAUGAUUAUUCAUUGCAGCAGUCUCUGCAAAAGACAUUUCUUUUUCCUUAUGCCAGAUAUAUCAAGCAUUAUUCAUGACUAGAAUUAUACAUGCCUGUUUAAUUUUUUCCCCCUUUUUUUUAAAUGUACUUUUACAAUAAACAAAAAAAAUGAUUCUUGGUAUUGUUGUGACCCUCCUAAAUAAAAAAUCUUGUUUAUAGUAAGCUUAAACCACUGAAGUGACUUUGCCUCUUCUUAAGCAAAAUAGCCAGACCCCCUGCUAUCUGGCCUUUCAUCUGGCAUGUGGACAGUAUUUAGUGGCAUAUCAGACAAUUUGCCAGAUGCUCAUUAACCAUACUCAUUUCUGUAGACACAGCUCAAGUAGCCAAGGUAUUCAACAUGGAAUACAUACAUACAACAAAACAACUUUGUAGGUUAGUGUAAAAGUAUACAUGAUCCAGAAGGAGACACUACACUGACAUUAAUUUCUUUUUAAAAAAUUACACCAAAUACAUCAAUCAAAAUAGGUGACACAGCUACAAAACCUUGUUAAAGAAGACAUGAUUGUUUAUUACAAUAUUUUGUAGUCCUCGAAAGAACCACAUUUUUAUCCCCAAUGUUAUCUGCUUCACUUAGAAGUACUGCAUUUUUUAAAAACUUGGGUCUGUCACCCUUUUUCAUAGUAAAGGUACUAGUCACAAGGAAAGCUUAAGUUUAUAAAAUGUAGCCAUAGUACAUUGCUAUACAUGUUUGAACAAUUUGAGAUGCUUGUACCUGAAGCUAAACUUUAAAAUCCUCGUUCCUGCAGAUGUGCAGUGAUUAGAAAUAAGAAAAAGGAUUAAUCAUAUGAGAUUAUUAUAAAAACCUGGUAUAUUUCUACCUGAUAUAAAAAUACACCGCUCUUAAUUCCGUUAUUGAAUGCUGAAGUGAGGAGCACCCAGGAAAGGUUGUGCAUCUCAUCUCUUAAUUUAUUUAAACUUCACAAAAUUUACUGACCUAUCCUGUUCAUUAUUCGUUUUAAUGUUAUUAAACUCCAUACAAAGAAAUAUUUAGAAUACUGACUAAUCUGUGAAGUUUAAGUAUUUUUUUUUAUCAAGAAUUUUUUGUAAAUUUAGGGUGGGAAAUAAUAACUGCAACACUUAGUAUUGUUAUUUGAAAGUAUUAAAAAAAAGUGUAGAACUUGUAUAGCUAAACAUUACUAGAACUUAAUGGAAUAAUGAAAUAAACUAAAUCAAUUUUAGAUAUUCAGUAUGUAUUGCAAUGUCCAGUUAUAACUACUGUAAGCAUAACAUUCUUGUUAUCACAACUUUAAUAUAAUAAAUAAAAUAACUUCAUGCUUUCAUUCCAUUAUUCU